UCGACUUCGCUGUACCGUACUUUGUGAAAGCCCGCCGCCCUCUCUCCCUGGUUGACACACACGUUUGUGUUGAAGAAGCACGAUGCUCCGAAUUGUGUUAUCCCGAACUUUGCCUCGAAUCUCUGGCAUUGCGAAUUGUCAGUAUUCGGCGGCUGCCAUCCCCGUUCCAAGCGCACAGCCCGAAGUGCAUUAUAACAAGCUGUUCAUCAAUAAUGAGUGGCAGGAUGCUGUCAGCAAGAGGUCCUUCCCCACCAUCAACCCAGCCACAGGAGAGGUCAUCUGUCAGGUGGCUGAGGCAGACAAGGCAGAUGUGGACAAGGCUGUGAAGGCUGCCAGGGAGGCCUUCAGGUUUGGGUCACCAUGGCGACGCAUGGAUGCGUCGGACCGCGGGCUGCUCCUGAGCCGGCUGGCAGAUGCAAUCGAGAGGGACACAGCCUACCUAGCGGAACUGGAGACCCUGGACAAUGGGAAGCCCUAUGCUGUGUCCUACAGCGUGGACGUGCCCAUGGUGGUCAAGUGCCUCAGGUACUAUGCAGGCUGGGCAGAUAAGUGGGAGGGGAAGACCAUUCCCAUUGAUGGAGACUUCUUCUGCUACACCCGUCAUGAGCCCAUCGGUGUGUGUGGCCAGAUCAUACCGUGGAACUUCCCUCUGCUGAUGCAGGCAUGGAAGCUGGGGCCAGCUCUGGCUACAGGCAACACAGUGGUGAUGAAGGUGGCUGAGCAGACCCCCCUCACUGCCCUGUAUGUGGCCAGUCUCAUCAAGGAGGUUGGCUUCCCUCCAGGUGUGGUGAACAUCCUGCCUGGUAUGGGUCCAUCUGCUGGUUCUGCCAUCGCCUCCCACAUGGAUGUGGAUAAGGUGGCUUUCACAGGAUCUACUGAGGUAAGACAGAGAGCCCAUACCUCAGGCAGCUCAAAGAACUGAGUCGCUGUUUAGUAA